AUGGAAAGAGAAAUGGUGCAUGUUGAUGAGUUUGAAAAAUGGGAAAGGGAAUUUAUAUGGGAAGCUGUUGAUGGUCAUGGAAUGCAUUUGGAAGCUGCACAUUACAUGGUUGAUGAAGCUGUAGAUGAGGAGCUAAGGUACAAUAAAUUCAGAAUUAUGUUUCUAGCUGUGAUGAAUGACAUAACGGACAAACCAGAUUUGAAAACGGUGGACUUGGUUUUCAUACCAAUUGUUGUUGAUGAAAGUUACUACCUAGUGUGUUUUUGCUUGAAAAGGGUUGCAUUUUAUAUAUUUGAUCACAUCAAGAGGUCUGGGACAAUCGAGUCUGCAUAUGGGAAUAGACCACAAAAGCUUCUUUUGUCGUUAUCUGAAUAG